UUGAUUGUCUUUAUUAUCUAGUCAAACAUAUAAAAAUAUUUUACAAAUUUACAAAAAACACAAAUUUGCAUAUGGAAAUUGAUGAACAGGAAUUUAAACCAAGAGGUUUAUGUGGCUUGAAUAAUAUUGGAAACACUUGUUACAUGAACUCAGCAUUACAGUCUUUGUCUAAUUGUCCACAGUUAACACAUUUUUUCUUGAAAUUUGAUGAAUUUGAAACCCUACCAACUAAUGAAAAAUUGACAGUGGCUAAAUGUUACAAAGAUUUAAUAUCUCAGCUAUGGAACAAAAAAAGACCGAAACAACUUACACCGUCUCUUUUGUUAAGAGCAAUACGUAUUCAGAAUUCUACUUUUCGAGGAUAUGCACAACAGGACACACAGGAAUUCUUAAGAUGUUUAAUGGACCGUUUGCAUGAGGAGUUAAAACAUCCUGAAGUCACAUAUGCAAAGAGUUUAAAUGUGAACGGUUGUGGUGAUGAUGAUAAUGAAGAUUCUGCUGCUCAGUGUAACAAAAAAUUGCUUUGUGGUAACAGAACUUCUUAUGACUCCCCAGAGGAUAUGAAUGUUGAUGAGGAACAAUCAAAUGUAUUACUUUAUAGUCAAAAGUCAGUUUCUAAAGAAUCUAGAUCACUCUCAACAUCAAAAAGACAGAGAAGCGAAUCUGAAAGUAGUAGAAAACGGAAAUGCCUAACAAAAAGUCAAGAAAUAAAAUAUCGAAGCAUAAUAACAUGUGUGUUUGAUGGAAAGCUGUUGAGUUCAGUACAAUGUCUGACUUGUAAAAAUAAAUCAGAUACUGUCGAAACGUUUCAAGACCUUUCACUACCAAUACCCAGUACAGACGAUUUAAAUCACAUGCAUACUCAAGCAGUGUUUACAUGCUCUUCCGGCAAGUAUAAUGGCACUAGUUGGAUGCCUUAUGUAUGGGAUUGGAUAAAAAGUUGGUUUGUUGGUCCAGAUAUUAAAUUGCAAGAUUGUCUUUCAGCUUUCUUCACAAAUGAUGAACUGAAAGGUGAUAACAUGUAUAAUUGUGAAAAAUGCAAAAAAUUACGCAAUGGUCUAAAAUACUCACGUGUCUAUUCAUUACCCGAGGUUUUGUGCAUCCACUUGAAACGAUUUCGACACGAACUUUACCACUCUUCAAAAAUAAAUACAUACAUUUCUUUCCCAAUACGUAAUCUGGACUUAAGCUUGUUCUUAUCUAAAGAUUCCACCCAAGCGAAAUCUACAUCAAAUUAUGAUCUCACCGCAAUUAUAUGUCAUUUUGGAAACGUGGGAGGUGGGCACUACAUCGCAUACGCUAAGAAUUGUAUUAAUAACAAAUGGUAUGAAUUUAACGAUUCACGCAUCCAUGAAGUUCCAGAAACAACGGUUGCUGCUGCGGAAGCUUAUGUUCUCUUUUAUAGUCUCAAAGAUAGCAACGCAGAAAAUUUUAGAAAACGUAUAAAUUCUCGGUUGGAAACAACAGAUACGAAUUUUCAAGACAUACGUUAUAUUUCAAAAGAAUGGUUAAACAGAUUCGAUUCCUGCGUACAACCAGGUCCCAUCUGUAAUUACGAUUUCAUCUGCGAACACGGGAAUAUUAGUCUUUGUUUCUCAUCUCGAAUACAAUCCUUAUUUGUACCUGUUCCUCAAUCCAUAUCAAACGAGCUGCUAGAAAGGUUUGGUGGUGGGCCUGAAAUAUCUACACUUGAAGUUUGCCCUUUAUGCAUGAAACUGGAGGAAAGGAAACACUAUGAAUUUGAAACAUUCAGUAAACUUUAUCAAGAAUUUCAAGAAGGCGAGAAUGUGAAGAUAUCCUAUCAAAUAAGCUUGAUUUGGUAUGACGCUUGGUAUGAUUUUGUUACUGGGAGAACUUCUGAAUACCCCGGACCGAUUAAUAACGAUGAUAUAACAGACGACAAAUCUUCUUAUGGCUUAAUAUCAAAAAAAUCGUGGCAAUUCCUACAUUUACGAUACGGUGGAGGUCCUGAACUAAUACGAUGUCAUACCGAAGAUGAAGAAAAAGAAUCAGAAGAAGAAGGAAUGGGUAAAGAGGAAAGAGAAUUGUCAGCCUCGUUGUAAAAAUAUUUGAUGCUUAAUAGGAAGUCUGAAAUUGUUAACUCAUAAUUUCAAAACCAGAGUUCUGCAUCAAUUAUAAAUAGUUGCACAUUGGAAAUGAUACUAAAUUUCAUUGUGUGCGUGAAAGUUUAUUUAUCAUAUCAUUUAUAUCAUCCUUCACAGUGAGCGGCAACACCUUGGCUAAUUUGCUUUUUCUACUUUAUUUCUCUAAUGAAUUUCCUAAAAAACAUUUUAAACUUGAACUCAGGCACUUAAACGUUUUCAGUGAUAUUUUAGAUGAAAAUUAUUGACUCGAGAAACUCGAAAUCGAGUUUUAAAUACGCCUACUGAUCUCAUUUCAUUAAAGGUUGUCUCAGCCCUUCCUUAUCAGAUCUACACUUUACAUAUUGGUAUCCCUCUUCUACCAUAACGUCCGACUGUAUAAAGCUGGGGUAAGAAACUUGGUGGCAUUCUAGUUUGAACAAAUACAAUUAGUCAACUGUGUUCUUGGCGAUGUCAGUAUUUUUGCUAUGACGUCACAUCAAUGCUAUUGUAUAUAUCUAUAGGAAGCUUGUUUAUGAAAACUUUGAAGCUAAGGUAUUAAAAGUUUGUGUCAAUAGACAGAAAAAAUUCGCCGUGUCGUUUCUGUCGUGUUACAGACGUUUGAUGUGGUGUUGAUGUCUCGAUAAUCUUUAAAGUGAAGCAUAUAUGUUUAUUUUCUGUGAAAAAUACUGUUUUUAGGUAGGUACCUUUAGUUUUAUCGUAAAGUAUUUGUAGAAGACAAGUUGCUGCAUGAUAGAUGAGUCAGACUAUGUCUAAAAGAUACCCUUUUCACACCAUUUGUUUACUUAAGACUGUCAUGAGUGCUAAUGUUUAUCUGUUGAUGUUAUUUUGAAAUUGUUAUUAGAAAUUUUAGAUAAUUACUUGUAAUAAGAGAAUCAUAAGUAUAUUGUUUUUUUUGCUGUGUUUUCACCUAAUCAAACACAUUCGGAAAAACAUUGCGAGUUUCUGUCGUCGUAUUCUCUCAGUUAUUCGGGAAAUUCGGUAAAAAUUUAGUCUUGUGGCAACUGUUUUUGUCAAGAGAAAGUAGUCUUAAGUUUUUUUGAGAGAAA